AUCAACUUCCUUUGCUCUUCUUGCCGGGAACUUUCAAGUUCCAAUCCACAGCCGACCGAUUUCUACCAAUCCUUAUUUCCAGAAUUUCAACUGCAGGUAACCCUAGGGUUCGAUUCUCGAUUCUCAAUUUGAUGGAUUCGUACUGAAGCGUUGGUUCUACGAUGGGUCGAAUUAGUUCCCUUAAACAGUUAUGGGAGAAUCUCAAAAUCUCUACUGAUUCCUCCGAGCCUAAUUACAAGAGACGAAAUGUCUCCGCACGGCGAGAUUUUCCCGGCGAUUCCGUUCCGGUUAGCCGGGAUGAGAGCGAUUAUGACCCUUCAGAAGAAGCUGAAGUUAAUGAUGAUGAUGAUGAAUCUUGGAGAACUAAGUUUGUGGGAUUUGAGACAGACAAGUUUGAUGAUUCCUUCAAUGGGUUGAAUGGAUUUCAUGCUGCGAAUCCCGGGCUCGUCGAGGAAGAAGGUGGAUUGGUUCUUUUCAAUCCGAAGUACAAGAGACGAAAUGUAUCUGCAAGGCGGGAUUUCCCGGUGGGGCUUCGGGGAUCGUUCGGUGUUGUUGCUGGGGAUCACAAUGUUGUUGUUGGUGGGGAUGAGAGUGAUUAUGAACCUUCAGAAGAAUCCAUGGUGGGAUCUGAUGAAGAUGAUGAAUAUUCUGUUGCUUUGGCUGUGAAUCGACAGACGGAUUAUUUCGACUGUUUGCUAGGUAAACUUGAUCAUAUGGUUGCAGAUGUUCUUCAGCAGAUCAUGAUGAAGAAGAAGAUAGCAAGCUGCCAGUUGAAAUCAUGAAAAUGUUGAUGUUUGAACAUGAAUUUGAGCUGGUUUUUUUAAAAAAAAACAAAUUUACUUUGUUAUU